ACCCUCCCCAAAAAUUAGGUUAUCAAAGCCCCAAAUUUUCUCCGCCUAAAAUUCUUCCCUCUGACAAACAUUAAACGAACACAGGCCACAACCAAUAAUCGCAACUACUACGUUGCUACCGAUCAGUAACUUCAAGAUUUUCUCAGUUUUUUUUCACUUCCAAUCAUAUUCAUUGUUUCUCGCAUAAUCCUUGUUUUCUAUCUCUGCAGAUUCUUUAGCCUUUCACAUAAUUCAACACCUUUCUUUUUGUUUCCCUACAAAAUUUGCAUUUCUUACAUUUUGUGUAUGAGGGUUUUGAUUUGCAGUGUUUUGGUGCAUAUUUCUACAGAUCUCAAAAAAUGGCAACGUUUGAGCUUUACAGAAGAUCGACUAUUGGCAUGUGCUUGACAGAGACUCUAGAUGAGAUGGUUCAAAGCGGUACUCUCAGCCCGGAGCUAGCUAUUCAGGUUCUAGUCCAGUUUGACAAGUCUAUGACUGAAGCUUUGGAGAGUCAAGUUAAGAGCAAAGUUUCCAUUAAGGGACACUUGCACACCUACAGAUUUUGCGACAAUGUCUGGACUUUCAUUCUAACAGAUGCAUUGUUUAAGAAUGAAGAUUUGCAGGAGAAUGUUGGUCGAGUUAAAAUAGUGGCAUGUGACUCAAAGCUGCUUACACAAUGAUGUAAUAGAAAUCUGUCUUAUGGUAGCAAAGAUGGACGGCAGCGAGGAAGAAACUUUAGUUUUAGCUACCAUGGACGAUUGAACAUUAGCUGUAUAGCCCAACCUUUUGAAACUAUUGUUAUUUGCUGACACAUUUGAUGAUGGUGCAUCUCUCGAGAGGAACACUUUUGGAGAUGGACACUGGUGAUAAAUCAUGAAAACCACGAAUUAUAUAAUAGUGGCGCACAUUCUGACGUA